AGAGAGGGUACUGAAGGAAAAUAAUCUUUUUAGUCUUAUUAAAAACAGGAGUGGCUUUUUAAACUACUGUCAUCACUUCAUUUAGGGCUUUCUGUCUUUAUUAAAAUCAGUAGAAGUCAACCAUUGGAAAAAUUAUUUAAUUAAAUUGUUUGAUCAAAUCAAUUUAAUUUAAACUCCAUUAAUUCAGAAGUACAUUGGAACUUUUUAGUGCUGAUCAUUUAGCACUACUAUUUUGAAGUCUGUGGCCUCUAUGCUAUUUUAGUGUGUUUCUAUUUUCAGUCCAGCAAGUUGCUGUGAGGCUGCAGUGUGUGCACACUUCUGUUUACAAGUCAAAUCCAAACAGAAACACUAACUGACUAGACGUCUAUCUUUAUGGUUCAUGAAGAGAGUAAUCUGGGUACGAACAGGAAGGAGAGAGGUGUUAUGGGGCCCCCUAGCAGUUUGGGUCAAAGCAGAGACGAAAGAGAAGAACAAGUCGAAGAGUCCUCUGGAAUUCUUAGAGUACGUGUUGAAGAGAGUGUUUUUACCAUAGACAGGGCUGUCCUGGGACAGAACUGUGAGUAUUUCCGUGCUCUCUUCCGCUCUGGGAUGAAGGACAGUCAUCUGAAUGAGUUUCACCUGCAGGGAGGCUUAAAAGCCAGGGGUUUCCUCAUCGCCAUGGCAGUUUCCAGAGGUGAGUGCCCUGCUAUAAGAGACCCAGACGAGAUCGUGGAGGCUGCCGAGUGUGCGGCCUUCCUCCAAAUCGACGUCCUGGUCCAGCACUUGAUAGACAUUCUUGAUACCGACAACUGCAUUCUUCUGUAUCACACAGCAGCGGUGUACGGCUUGUGGAGGUUGUUUCAGAGUGCUGCAGUGUUCAUUCGUGAUGCUUACAGCGAUGUGCAAGAUGCUCUCGAGGCACUUCCAGAAGAGCUGUUCUGCUACGUUGAGUCACUUUCACCAGCGUCUUUUGUUGCUCUAGGAACUCAUUCACCGUCUAUGAAGAUUCUGCAGGACUGCUACAGGACGGUGUUUUACCUUGAUGAGAAACUGGGAGCUUGGAAAUAUCUGACUGACUUACCGACAGACGCCAGCACCUCUAUGGCCGGGGUGGCUGUUGUGGAGAACCGACUGUAUAUCGUUGGAGGAGUUCGAGGAGUUAGCAAGGAAACUGUUGACUUGAGCUUCUGCUAUGAUGCAGAUUCCAACACUUGGAGUCUGUUUGAUGGUCCUCAGCAGUCUAGAUAUAACUUCACCCUUGUGGGUCAUGACGGACAUUUGUAUGCCAUCGGAGGUGAAUUUGACAAAAGGAUUAUGUCCUCGAUGGAAGUGUGUGAUGUUUCUACAGGCGCGUGGACAUUUUGCAAGCACGCGCCUCGUUCGGUGGCUGGGGCAGCUAGUGCAGUUGCCAGGCGUAGGAUAUUUGUGUGUUUCUGGAAGCCACCGGAUACUACUGAUAUUUAUGAAUAUGCACCUAAAAAUGACGUAUGGAUGCUGGUUACAACUAUGGUCAAGCCUCAGAGUUACGGACACUGUAUGGUGGCUCACGGUGACAACCUGUAUCUCAUGAGGAACGGCCCCUGUGAUGACUUCUUACGCUGUCUCAUGGAUUGCUACAACAUCACUACGGGUCAAUGGACUGCCAUGCCAGGACACUACGUCAAUAGCAGGGGUGCCCUCUUCACGGCUAUGGUAAGGGGGAACUCUGCAUUCACUGUCAACCGCAAUUUGACCCUGGAAUAUGUCAUUUGUGGUGAUACCUGGAAGCCUCGUAGACAGAUGACAGGUUUUCCAAAAAGUGGCUCGCUUUGGACUUGCUUACUCAGACUGCCUAAGAUCACAGAUGCACAGCAGAAAUGUGAUGCAGAGGAAGCCCUGGUGAUGGACCCCAAUGUGGAAAGUGUGGAAGAAAAUUCAGUAGAGGCUAAUUAUCCACUUUAGGGAUUGCAGAUCAAUCUGUUAUUUUAUAAGUUAAGGUUGCUCCAACCCAAAAUGAAAAUUUUAUCACUAAUCAUGUUGUUCCAAACCUGUAAAAGCUUUGUUCUCAGAACAGAAUUGAAGAUAUUUUGGAUGAAAACCAGAAGGCUUAUGACUUUCAAGUAAAUAACACAUAUAUGCAUAACAGUCCAAAAAUACUCCAUCUGCCAUCAGUGGUUCAAUCUGAAUUUUCCGAAGUGAUGGGAAUACAUUUUGUACACAAAGAAAAGAAAAAUAACAUCAACAUUUUGUCUACUCUGUGUCUCUCUGCCACAUCGUAGCACCAUUUUGGAGAGUAUCCGCUGGAAGCAAACUGCGUAUGCUCUUUUGUGUCAGCUGUUUUCAUUCAAGUGUAAAUAUACAUACAAAACAUACCUUAUUUUGCGGCUGGCACAGAAGAGCAUACAUUAUUUGCUUAGCUGUCAUUGGGACAGUCAAAAAAAAAUAUCUUAAAAUGGAGCUUUUAUGGGUUUGGAACAACUUGUGGGUAAGUGAUUAAUGAGAAAAAAUUGUAAUGUUGUGAUGGGAGUGGAGUAACCUUUUAAAUAAACAGUAUUACAAAG